ACACUUGUCAUCGCCCACUGUGUUAAUCAUCUUCUCCAUCUUACAGAAGAAGAAGAACGUCUGGAGCUGCAACAAUGGCGACGGACAACGAUUUUGGUGCUUUCAUGGAGAAAUUCAUAAUUCCUCCAACGCCUUCUUCAUCUUCGCCUCUUCAAGGCCUCACUUUCGCCAUCAAAGACAUAUUCGAUGUGGAAGGACAUGUGACCGGUUUUGGUAACCCGGAUUGGUUACGGACUCAUUCCGCCGCCACUUCCACAGCUCCGGUGGUUUCAGCUCUCUUAGCCGCCGGUGCCACCUCUGUCGGUUCAACCGUUAUGGACGAAAUGGCUUACAGUAUAAACGGCGAAAACGCGCACUACGGAACGCCAAGAAACCCGAUUGCAUUGGAUAGAGUUCCCGGUGGAUCUUCGAGCGGAUCUGCCGUCGCAGUAGCCGCUGGUCUCGCGGAUUUUUCCGUCGGAACUGACACCGGGGGAAGUGUAAGAGUUCCUGCGUCAUACUGCGGAGUUUUCGGGAUCCGACCAUCGCACGGAAUUGUUACAACAACCGGAGUUGUUCCAAUGGCUCAGAGCUUCGAUACCGUGGGAUGGUUUGCUCGGGAACCCGCGAUUUUGAGACGUGUUGGCUGCGUUCUUCUGCAGUUACCCGAUUUGAACGAUAUGAAACCGAGUAAAAUGAUAAUCGCCGAUGAUUGUUUCAAGCUUUCCAGUGUUCCACCUGAUUGGAUGAUUCGCUCUAUAGUUCGAGCGGCAGAAAAAUUGUUCGGAGGGGAAAUCGUAAAGAACGUGAAUCUUGGAGACUACAUUGAAGAGAAAGUUCCGAGUUUGAAGCACUUCAUGACGGGAGAUGUCGUUACGUCCCGAGAGUUUAACAUACCAUUGCUCGAGGCCCUCUCAAGCUCGAUGAGAUUGCUUCAAAGGUUCGAAUUCAAGAAAAACCAUGGCGAAUGGAUCGAAUCCACCAAGCCGGUGUUUGGUCCCGGAAUAUCGGAACGGGUCGAACAAGCGAUGCAGACAACCUUUGAGAAGAUCGACGCUUGCCGAUCAGCGACGGUAGAACUCCGGUCAGCUCUUUCAGAUUUGCUCGGGGACGACGGUGUUCUGAUCAUUCCGACGAUGCCAGGCCCUCCGCCGAAACUGCAGACUGAUGCAUCACAGCUCGAGAUUUUCCGCGGCAGAGCCUUCGGGUUGCUUUCCGUCGCCGGAGUUUCCGGUUUCUGCCAGGUGAGCAUACCAUUAGGGCUACACGAAAACCUUCCGGUUUCGGUCUCAAUGGUUGCAAAACAUGGUUCGGAUGGGUUACUUCUAAAUCUGGUUGAAGCUCUUUGGAAAGAUAUUGGACCACAGGUGUGUUUGUGAACCGAGGCUCUCGGACCAGAAAUUUGUAAACCGGAAUAGGUUCACCGGUUCGGUCGAAUUCAAUGUAUUGGCAAUGGCGAGUGCAUCCAUCCAAUUCGAUGUAUUUAGCCGAGUCCAAGAGGGUCCCGAUUUUGGUCCUUGCCAGCUAAUUACGCACAUACUCGUGAGAUCCCGUGGCUGCGGAAUUGUACUUUUUUUUUUAUAAUUAAAAGAUUCAUUGAACGCCUACUUAA